GGUUCCGGCAGAUUUUGGCAAUGAAGACGUUCAGUGAGGAAGCGCUCAUGAGGCUUCACACACGUUGCCGCAGACGCUCAUCUGACCGGGCGUGGAGAAUCUACUAAGAAUCGUGGCCCGCCCGGGAUCAGAACCAUGGUCCAGAGCCCGGUUCAUCUGGAGACGUGUCUCUUUGCAUCGACAUCUGUGGUGAAAAGCGGUGGCGGACCUGGGCUGGUCCCAGCCGACCCUGAUCCAGGAGAAAGCCAUCCCGCUGGCUCUGGAGGGGAAGGACCUGCUGGCUCGGGCCCGGACCGGGUCAGGGAAGACCGCUGCGUACGCCAUCCCGAUGAUCCAGCGGAUCCUGGACGCCAAGCAGACAGUGCAAGAGCAGGACGUGCGAGCGCUGGUCCUGGUCCCGACCAAAGAGCUGGGUCAGCAGGUGCAGACCAUGGUCAGGCAGCUGACGGCCUACUGCUCUAGAGACGUGCGUGUGGCUGACAUUUCAGCUAAAGCCGACCUGUCUGCACAGAGGCCCGUCCUGAUGGAGAAACCCGACGUGAUCGUGGGGACGCCCUCACGAGUCCUGGCCCAUCUGUCGGCUCAGAACCUGGUCCUGCACUCGUCCCUGGAGACCCUGGUGGUGGAUGAGGCCGACCUGCUUUUCUCUUUUGGCUUCGAGUCAGACCUGAAGAACCUCCUGUGUCACCUCCCGAAGAUCUACCAAUCACUGGUGAUGUCGGCAACGCUCAGCGAGGAUGUGCAGUCGCUGAAAGAGCUGCUGCUGCACAACCCGGUGACCCUGAAGCUGCAGGGCUCCCAGCUGCCCGACGACUCGCAGCUGCAGCAGUUCAGCCUGCGCUGCGAGGAGGAGGACAAGUUCCUGCUGCUCUACACACUGCUGAAGCUGCGGCUGGUGCAGGGCAAGACACUGGUGUUCGUGAGCGACGUGGAGCGCUGCUACCGCCUCAAGCUCUUCCUGGAGCAGUUCAGCAUCCCCGCCUGCGUGCUCAACGCCGAGCUGCCGCUGCAGUCCAGGAGUCACAUCAUCACGCAGUUCAACCAGGGCUUCUACGAUUACAUCAUCGCCACCGAUGAGCUCGGCCUGCCUGACUCCGCCCCUUCCAGCGGCAAGCGCAAGAGGAAGGCUGACAGCAGGGCAGGAAAGUCCAAAGACAAAGAAUUCGGGGUGUCACGGGGCGUGGACUUCCAGAACGUUGCCAAUGUCAUCAACUUUGAUUUUCCCGCCAGCGUGGACUCGUACAUCCACCGAGUGGGGAGGACGGCCAGAGCCGACAAGAUGGGCACCGCGCUGUCCCUGGUGUCCCACACGGAGGCGGAGCUGCUGGCAGACGUGGAGCAGGCGCUGAUCGGAGCUCACGACGACUCGCCGCUGAAACCUUAUCAAUUCAAGAUGGAGGAGAUCGAAGGCUUCAGAUAUCGUUGCCGGGACGCAAUGCGUUCAGUGACCAAGCAGGCGGUGAAGGAGGCUCGUCUGAAGGAGAUCAAGCAGGAGCUGCUGAACUCUGAGAAGCUUAAGACCUACUUCGAAGACAACCCCCGAGACCUGCAGCUGCUCAGGCACGACAAGGACCUGCACCCAGCCGUCAUCAAGCCACAUCUGAGGAACGUGCCCGACUAUCUGAUUCCAGAGACGCUCAAGUCCACAGUGAACCCUCUGCUGCUGCGGCGGCGGAGGAAGAAGAAGUUGGGGGUCGCCAGCAAGCCAACGUUCAAGAAAAGUGUUCAGGGGAAGAACCCGCUCAAGAGCUUCAGGUACUCUGCAGGAAGCAGUCGGAAAACCAAAUCGAACAAGUCAUGAGCUUGGUGACUUGAGGAGCAGGUCAACACGUUCCCGAUCUGUGAGCUAGCAAUGGUGUUUGUACAAAUGUAAACCAUUAAAUGAUAACCUAUGAUAA